GUUAAAAUGAAACAAGAACAAUUAAAUACAGAAAUAAUUAUCAAGGAUGAAAUAUUAGACGAACAAAUUUUAGAAGUCCAAUGUAUUUACGAUGAAGAGAAGCAAAAACCCUUUAUUUGUGGAGUUUGUGAUAAAACAUUUUCAACAAAACAGAAUUUUUCUCAACAUAAACGAAUUCAUACUGGAGAAAAACCUUUUCAGUGUGAAAAUUGUGAUCAAAGUUUUACACAACAGAGCAGUUUAAUAGUGCAUAAACGAACUCAUUCAGGUGAAAAACCUUUUAAGUGUGGUGAUUGUGAUAAAACUUUUACUCAACAAAGCCACUUGAUAUUACAUAAUCGAAUUCAUACCGGAGAAAAACCAUUUAAGUGUAUCGAUUGUGAUAAAGCAUUCACUACCAAACGUAGUUUAAUUAAUCAUAAACGACUUCAUACGGGAGAAAGACCGUUUAAUUGUGAUUUAUGUGAUAAAGCUUUUACAGCGAAAUAUGAUUUAAUUAAACAUAAACGAACUCAUACCGGAGAAAAAUCGUUUUCGUGUGUGGAUUGUGAUAAAAGUUUUACGCAACGUAGCAGUUUAAUCGUGCAUAAGCGACUUCAUUCAGGAGAAAGACCUUUUAAGUGUGAAAAUUGUGAGAAAACUUUUAAUCAUGAAGGAAAUUUAAUGAUACAUAAACGAAUUCAUACAGGAGAAAAACCUUAUCAAUGUGAUUUUUGUGAUAAAGCUUUUAUUACGAAACGUACUUUAAUUAAUCAUAAACGAACACAUUCAGGAGAAAGACCGUUUAAGUGUGAAGAUUGCGAUCAAACUUUUACGCAGCGAACGAGUUUAAUGGAACAUAAGCUACUUCAUACUGGGGAAAGACCUUUUCCAUGUGAUUUUUGUGAUAAAGCAUUUAUUAAUAAACGUAAUUUAAUUAAUCAUCGACGAAGUCAUACCGGGGAAAGACCUUUUAAGUGUGAUUUUUGUGAUAAACGAUUUACACUUAAACAUAAUUUAAUGAAUCACAAUCGAACUCACACUGUGGAAAAAUCGUUUUCCUGUGAAUUUUGUGAUAAAACUUUUAGCCAGCAAAGUGGUUUAAUUCAACAUAAAAUUGUUCAUUCAAAACGGAACAUAAUUUAAAAAAACAUUUAUUUUCCCAUAUUGGAUGAAAAUCUUUUUGCUUGCGUGUGUGAGAGAGAGAAAGGGAGAGAGAAAGUCCUGCUCGUCCGUGUUAGACACAGUCUAUGGCGGAGUUCCAGGAUGGUGGGUGCUUAGGUUCAAAUUCCCCUCCCGUACGUAUUAUUAAUUUGUCAUUUUAUAUAGUUUAACUUCAAAAUACAUUCAAACUUGGAUAAGCGAGAAAACUAUAAGUAAGAAUAUUUCCCAAGCUUUGACCUCUCAAAAACCUCUAUAAAUGAGAAAUAAAAUUCUGUCUAAGUGACAGUAAUUUUUCCUACCCUGACUUCUAUAACUGAGAGUCUUUCUUUCUUUCCUGUACCUCUAAAAGCGACAAUUCAACAUUUGCUACGUAUAGACUCAUUCUUUAUUUGUGUGUUAUUUUGUUUUUACGAAAACCUCUCUAAGUAAGACAGACUUCACCUGUUCUUUUAUAAUCUAGAAACUCGAAUUAGUGAGAAACCUCUAUAGCAAAACUAAAAUUUACAUUAUCUUCAACUGUCUCUUAACCAGGUUUGACUGUAAAUGGUUAUAAAUAUCAAAAAUCUAAAAAAAAAGGAGGAAAAUGAUAAAAUAAACUCCCUCCCCUCUCUGGGCGAAAUCCUGGAUCCGUCACUGGACGCAGUUACCCACCAGACAGCAUGGUCUAUUCUUGAUAUUUCUAAUUUCUUGUAAAUGUA